CUAAUCGAACUAUCGACUAUACUCAAUGGCAUUAUUUACUAUUUAGCCAUGAUGUUAUCAGUUUGUCACUUGUCAUUCGAGAUUCGACAUUCGACUAUCUAGGUUUAUUUCAUUUUUUAUUUUUUAUUUAAUAUGUCUAUCCCAAAGGCAAAUUGUUCCAUCGUUUGGAACCAUUUUAUAAAGGACCCAAAUACCCCUGACACCGCUAUAUGUAAACACUGUAAAAAAUCCUACAAACGGUCUAAUGGUACAACUAAUCUGUUAGACCAUUUGAAGAGGAAACAUUUUACAGUGUUAAAUGGUAGUAAUUUGCGACGACAAAAUGAAAAUGAUACAAAUCUACCAGGAACAUCAGGGGAACAAGAACAACCGCAAUCUGCAAGUGUUCUGCCUUAUAGUAGUCCAGUAAUUCCAGUAAGCGUAACCAAUAAUACUGGCAAGAGACACAAACAAUUAUUGUUGUCUAAUAGUUUUCAGGUUUAAUUAUUAUCCAACUGGUUUGGAGUGCAAUUAUUAUUUGUUAAGAAAAAACCGUUUUUUGUCUGCCAUAUAAGUAGGUACCAUAAUAUUAUAAAAACCAAAAAUCCAAGGGUAUGGUUUAUCAGCAGCAUAAAUACUAAGUAUUUCAAAAUAAAAGGAAGUAACUUUAUUAAUACUUAUCUUAGUAACAACAUUACCAAAACCUUUUCAAUGGUUUAAAUUU